GGCAGGAAGGGGCGGCUCCUCCCCGGGCCUGGCCCUGCCAGCCCCCGCCUCUCCCCCCAGCUCUGCCCCCCACAUUGUCACGUGUGUCCUCCCCCCCGCCCCUCUGGCUGCCCGCGCUCGGGGUCUCCCGCGGGCGGGGGGGUUUCCCCGCGUGUCCCAAACACCCUGCGUGGGGCCCGGAGGGGCAGGGCCGGGCCCGGGCAGGAGCCGCCCCUUCCUGCCCCCCCCGGGCCCGGGAGCCCUGUGAGCCCCCCCGAGAGCGUCGGGCCCCUCCGGGCAAAGAGAGAGAAGCCGCCGAAGCCGAGGAGCAGCGGCAAAGCCAGGAGCUGCUGAGCCAGAUGGCAGCCGAGAGGCAGAAGAUGGUCUGGGAGUGGCAGGAGCUGCGAGGGUUUCUGGCAGAGCAGGAGCAGCGGCUGCUGUCCCGGCUGGAAGAGCUAGAGAGAGCCAUUGUCCAGAGUAGGGAUGCGGGCGUCUGCCGCCUGUCCCAGGAGAUUUCCCUGCUCAGGGAGCAGGGAGGAGAGAAGGGGCAGCCCCCGCUGAGCCCACCCCUGCAGGGUGCUGGGAGCACUGGGGGCAGGGAGGACGGGGCGUUUUGGAAGCCGGAGCCGGGGUUUGGGGAGCUGGAGAGGAGACUCAGUGAUUUCUCUCUGAAAAGUGCCGUCCUGCAGGAGGGGCUGCUGGGAUUCAAAGAGAUGCUGCGACUGGAGCUGGGAAGUGACACGGGUGGCAGAGUAAUCCGCACCUUUGGCUCCAGAUUGUCCCAGCCUCUCUCAGGACGGGGAAGGGAACUGGCUGUCGUGCAGCCAGUCCAGGGGCCGGUGACCUUCGAGGAGGUGGCUGUGUAUUUCACCAGGGAAGAGUGGGCUCUGCUGGACCCCCGUCAAAGAGCCCUCUGCAGAGACGUCAUGCAGGAGAACUACGAGAAUGUGACCUCGCUGGGGUUUCCAGUUUUCAAACCUGAUAUGAUCUCCCAGCUGGAACAAGGGGAAGAGUCAUGGGUCUCAGAGCUCCAGGGUUCACAGGAAAGACCGAUCCUGAGAGCUCCCUGCAUAGCAGGUGAUGCGAUGGCAUGUGAGAAAGAGGAGCAGAAUUCUCAGCAGGAAGAUGCUGAGCAAGUGGAUAAACACAGAGCACUAUCACAAAGAUUGGAAAGGAAUGUGUCCAGGAGUCAUGACCAGGAAAAAUCCUGUGAGAUUCAGCACAGACCAGAAAGAAAGCAGGGAAACCAGCCAGGGGAGGAAGUGGGUGAAUGUAUUUCCUGUCACGGAACUCAGAAGCACCUCAAGGAAACCACAACACAGCAGGAAAUCCUCAAGGGAAAGAGAAAAAAUACAUGCACUGAGUGUGGAAAAAACUUAUGUGACUACUCAGCCCUUCUAAAGCAUCAGAGAAUCCACACAGGGGAGAGGCCCUAUGAAUGCAGUGAGUGUGGGAAAACCUUCACUCGCAGCUCGCACCUUAUUAGUCAUGAGAGAAUCCACACAGGGGAGAGGCCCUACGGAUGCAGUGAGUGUGGGAAAAACUUCACUCACAGGUCAGCCCUUUCUGAACAUCGGAGAAUCCACACAGGGGAGAGGCCCUAUGAAUGCCGUGAGUGUGGGAAAAGCUUCACUCACAGAUCAGCCCAUUCUAGACAUCAGAGAAUCCACACUGGGGAGAGGCCGUAUAAAUGUAGUGAGUGUGGGCAAACCUUCACUAGCAGCUCAGCACUUUCUGGACAUCAGAGAAUCCACACGGGGGAGAGGCCCUAUGACUGCCGUGAGUGUGGAAAAAACUUCACUCACAGAUCAGGCCUUUUUGAGCAUCAGAGAAUCCACACGGGGGAGAGGCCCUAUGAAUGCAGUGAGUGUGGGCAAACCUUCAAUUGCCGCUCACACCUUAUUAGGCAUCAGAGAAUCCACACAGGGGAGAGGCCGUAUGAAUGCAGUGAGUGUGGGAAAAGCUUCACUCACACUUCAGGCCUUUUUCACCAUCAGAGAAUCCACACAGAGGAGAGGCCCUAUCAAUGCCGUGAGUGUAGGAAAACCUUUAAUCGCAGCUCGCACCUCAUUAGGCAUCAGAGAAUCCACACUGGAGAGAGGCCCUACGGGUGCAGUGAGUGUGGGGAAAGCUUCACUCACAGGUCAGCCCUUUCUGAACAUCAGAGAAUCCAUACUGGGGAGAGGCCCUACGGGUGCAGUGAGUGUGGGAAAAACUUCACUCACAGGUCAGCCCUUUCUAGACAUCAGAGAAUCCACACAGGGGAGAGGCCCUACGAAUGCAGUGAGUGUGGGAAAAACUUCACUCAGAGAUCAGCCCUUUCUAGACAUCAGAGAAUCCACACAGGGGAGAGGCCCUAUGACUGCAGUGAGUGCGGGAAAACCUUCACUCACAGAUCAGGCCUUUUUGAGCAUCAGAGAAUCCACACAGGGGAGAGGCCCUAUCAAUGCCGUGAGUGUGGGAAAAGCUUCAAUUGCAGCUCACACCUUAUUAGGCAUCAGAGAAUCCACACCGGAGAGAGGCCCUUUGAAUGCAGUGUGUGUGGGAAAACCUUCACUAACAGCUCAGCCCUUUCUGAACAUCAGAGAAUCCACACAGGGGACAGGCCCUAUGGAUGCCGUGAGUGUGGGAAAAGCUUCACUCACAGAUCAGGCCUUUUUCACCAUCAGAGAAUCCACACACGGGAGAGGCCCUAUCAGUGCUGUGAGUGUGGGAAAACCUUCUCUUCCUACUCAGCACAUAUUAUCCAUCAGAGAAUCUGCAGUGGGGAUCAAGACCAUAAAAACCUCUAGGGCUGUCAAUACUUUACUUUUCCUGAUUCCCACAUUGUAACUUUUUUUAAAGCUGUUUGAACUGUUUGCAGCACCGUUAUCCCUCAGCUUGUCCAGAUGCGUGGCCCAUUUUAGCCUUUUGCAGUUCACCCUCUUUGAGGUGGACCCAUUUGUCCUAUCAAUUCCAUUCUCCCAUGAAUAAUUUGAGUGUGCCCUUCCUACCAGGGAGCAUCACGUUUAUGCCAUUCCUCCUAUUGCAAUGUUAUUGUUAGAGUUACCAGUGAUGCAACUUGUAUCAUUGCCAGUUGUUCUCACGUUGCUCUAGGUUCUGCUGAAGAGCAGUUAUAUUGGGAACUUUUAAAUUCUAUUCAAAUGAAGAGGAACGGGGCAGGAAAAGAAGUGUCAUUUCACCCUCUGUGACACUGGAAGGAUAUGGGGUGACUCAGAUUCCCUCCUUCCCCAUCUCUGCAGAACUGUUACCUUUUGGCUGAGCCAGGCAGAGUUUAUUUUCAUCACAUUCUACCCAUCCGCUUCUGUAAGUGUCCUGUGAUGAAGUGUUCUCAGCUGUCUGUGCUUGGAGAUGAUGCUUUGACUUCUUUAAUCCUAUAUCAGAGUCGCUAUGACUGGAGAUGAAAGUGUCAAAGACCUGCAAGGGGACUUUAAAUGGAUCCCAAACACAGUGUGAUUGGAGUUUAAAUCCCAGGUUCCAUCAAUUGGUAAAGCCACUUCUGGCAAGGGGGCUGUUUUGUCCCCCAUUAUGAGGGAUGCUAGGUUACUAAAAAUUUUGUAAAUAGCAUAACUGACUCUUGAGACAGUGCUGAGUGAAGCAGGUUUGAAUGGAUCAGGAGAACGUAAUGGGAGAAUCUCUUGUCCUGAUUCUGAAUAAUCAGAGGUAACCUGCUUUGGAAUUUCACUUGAAACUUUCAUUUUCAUGUAUUCUAUCUCUCUGUGAUGUGGAUUUCUAUCUUUCCUGAAGGCUGUCUGGUCACCCAAUUGGAUAUUAGUUCAGUUUGAUAGGCUGUAGCUCAGAUUUAUUGGAGAAUUUAAGACAAAUGACCAUUGGCUAAAGUAGUCAUUUCUCAGUUCAACUUUGCUUUUUCCCUGUCCCUCCAUGAUGACAUGGAGAAAGUUCAAGUGCAGUUUUGUCAACAUUAGAGAACUCUCCAUUUUACUGGACAUGCGAAGAAAGAAACAGACGUGAUUUAAAAUCUCCACUCAGAAAUGGUGAACAACAGCAGAACCCCAACUAACAGAAGAAAGUGCAUAUGAUCACAGUGUAGUUCAGUUGUUUAAGGCAAUAUUAUCUCAGAUGAUCUGGUGAGAGAAUUCCCUGGUAAGUGAUUUGGAACUAGGCAAAAUGCCCUUGUAUUUGGUUCCCCAAGCAUUUGUAACCCAGGCCCUACAGAAGAUCUCCCCUAGCUAAUCCUAUGGUAUGGGGAAUGCUCCCCUUCAUGAUGCAGAUGUUGAGGAAAUAGUAGUGGGAUUUUUGUUGAAUUUAUCCUUUGUAGGUGCCAAAAAGGUGUAUAAAAUGAAAUCAGUGUGGGAAAUCUAAUAGCUGCAGAAAAAUAGCUAUUUUUGAAUAGAAACUCUAGCUCUAGUAGCUAACAGAGAUUCUGAUCUAGCCCUGUGUCCUGUCCCUUUCCUGGAACUGUGCUACCAAAUUAAAGAACAGCUGGGCAUUUUUCAGGAAGUCAUUGCUCACUAACACUGCUGAGAUUUUGAGUGGUUUCAUAAAGGAUUCUACUUCAGAGAAGUGUAAAUUUACCCUAAAAAGGGCAAGGAUUUGGGGUUGAAAAAGUACACACUCAAUUCUUGCUUUCCACCUCAGUAAAGGAAGCUAUGAUGACCAAUGACCCAGAAAAUUGUUUGCACAACUUCCCUUCCUAGUUCAAUAUCACUGAUUACAGUUCCAAAGGAUUCAGAGUAGCAGCCAUGUUAGUUUGUAUCCAUAAAAAUAAAAGGAGUAUUUGUGGCACCUGAGAGACUGACAAAUUUAUUAGAGCAUAAGCUUUCAUGAGCUACAGCUCAAUUCAUCGGUAUGCAUCCGAUGAAGUGAGCUGUAGCUCAUGAAAGCUUAUGCUCUAAUAAGUUUGUUAGUCUCUAAGGUGCCACAAGCUCCAAAGGAUGCCAUUGUUAGUUUGAGAACAAUCACCCUUCACUGUUUGGAUCUAAAGAGAGAGUGCUUCAUAGGACAGUCCUUCCCUGUGGAUGCCUGAUUGGUUAACAAGGACUUUCAGGCUGUAGAAAUGAUGGUAACCAAUGAGGCAAUGAAUGUGUCAGGCUCCAAUUUCAGACUUCUGGAUCCACACAUGUUGAGUCCUGGUACUAUGGUUUCGUGUCUGAUGUUAUGGCUACACAAUAAAGCUGAUGUUGGUACAGAUACACCCAUAUAACUGUGCUGGUCUAGCACUGCUAUUAGAGAUGCUCUAAGCCAAUGGGAGAGAUCUCUCCCAUCAGACUUCGUUAGUCCAGCCCCCGCAAGCGGCGGUGACUAUGUUGGCAGGAGAAACUCUCCUGCUGACGUAGCGCUAUGUACACAGGGGAUUAGGGCUGUGUAACUAUAUUGCUCAGCUGGGUGGAUUUUUCACACCCCUGAGCAAUAUAGUUAUACCGAUAAAUGUCUUUAGUGUAGACUGGACAUUUUUUCUUGUUUUAUGCAUUCACCUCACUUCUCCACCUCCUCCUACUUUGAAAGAAUAAAAAGUGUGAAAAGAGAGGUAUUUUUCCUCAUGAUGCAAACAUUCCUACAUAGGACACCCCUUCCACCAACAUACAUUGCAGAAGAUCCUGAGAUAUAUGAACUCACAGAAGUGGUUGGGACCUAGAUUGGGACAAGCCAUAAUUUGAGCCAAGGUUCAGUUGUUGGAAGUGGGGAUUAAAAGAAAACUAAGGGUACGUCUACAGUACAAAAUUAUUUUGAAAUUAUUCUAUUUGAAUUUUUGGAAGUGAUUUUAUACAUUCAGUCUUCUGUGUCCUAACUAAAGCACGUGAAUUUGGCAGAGUGCAUCCAAAGUAACGAGGCUAGCAUCGAAUGUCAGAGCGGUGCACUGUGGGUAGCUAUCCCACAGUUCCCGCAGUCCCCGAUGCCCAUUGGAAUUCCGGAUUAAGCUCCCAAUGCAUGAUGGGGCAAAAACAUUCUCUCGGGUGUUUCUGGGUGUGUCUCAUCAGUCGCUCCUCCCUACGUGAAAGCUCUCCCGCUCUUGCUGCACUACUGAGCUUCUUCAUGUUGUCUGUCCUGGGCUCCUGCCUCAAUGAAAGCUACAGAAGACAACCAUUUCCUGUCUUUUUUUGGCUAUCGUGAACUGAACAGCAUCUCUUCCACUGCUACUCUGCUCUCCUAUGUUUCGCGCCCUUUUUCCAGGAUUACCUGUGCAGGCGCCACAGCGUGGCAAGCAUGGAGCCCGCUCAGGUCUCCACUGCAGUUUUGACCAGAAAAUUACGGUUGGGGAUGUUGAAAUGCCUAUAGUUAUCCUCGCAGACCCAGCCUACUGCUUAAUGCCAUGGCUCAUGAAGCCAUACACAGGCACCCUGGACAGUGGUAAGAAGCUGUUCAACUAUAGGCUGAGCAAGUGCAGAACAGUGGUAGAAUGUGCUUUUGGACGUUUGAAAGCGCGCUGGUGCAGUUUACUGACUCGGUUAGAUCUCAGCAUAACCAAUAUUCCAAUUGUAAUUGCUGCUUGUGGUGUGCUCCACAAUAUCUGUGAGAGUAAGGGAGAGAUGUUUCUGGUGGGGUGGGAGGUUGAGGCAACUCACCUGGCGGCCAGUUUCGCACAGCCAGACAACAGGGCAUUUAGAAGAGUGCAGCAGGGCGUGCCGCACAUCAGAGAAGCUUUGAAAAACACUUUCAUGACUGGCUGGGUUACGGUGUGACAGUUGUGUUUGUUUCUCUUGAAGUUACCCCUCCUCCCCCAUAUAUGAAAGGAAGUAAAGUCACAAUUGUUUAAAAAACAUUCUUUAUUAUUUGUUACACAAAACACUGAGAGAAAUAAGAAGGUAGGGUGGGGCGGGUAUUGGGUUAGGGCGGUGGAGGAGGAGGGAAGGAUAAGUCCAGAAACCAAAUCAAAAUUUUGGCUAUGCCAGCUUUCUGCUCAAUCCUCUGGGGUUGAGUGUGGGUCCCCGUAGCCCUCUCCCCCCCCCCCCGACAUGUUCUUGGGUGUCUGAGUGAGGAGGCUAUGGAACUUGGUGAGGAGGGAGGGUGUUUAUUCAGGGGCUGCAACAACAGUGUGUGGUUUUGCUGCCUUCCCCACAUUACAUCCACCAUACAGCAGAGCAUGUCAGUUUGCUCCCCCAUGAACUUGACCAUAGCAUCCUGCCUGCUCUCAUCGCGCACAUCCCUCCUCUCUUCAUAUUCAUGUAAUGAUUUACAGGACUCCGCAAUUGUUUACCUCCACGCAUUCAGCUGGGCCCUAUCAGUGCCAGAGGACUGCAUGAGCUCGGCAAACAUGUCAUCCCAAAUUUGUUUUUUCCACCUUCUAAUCUGGACCAGCCUCUGGGACGGAGUAGAUGGGGCCAUGUUGAAACAUUUGCACCUGUGGGAGGAGAAAAAGGGAGGGCAGUAUUUUAAAAGAUUCAUUUUAGAGAACAAAGGGGACACUCUUUCUCAGUGAAACAGGCAAUUCAUAGUACACAGCACAUGUUCUUUCUGUACAAGGUCGCAUUUUGCCUCUUAUACUGAAGUGCCUGCCACUUUGGUAUGAGUAAACCAUCACACACGGCCGGGCAACAGAGUUCAGCUUGCAGGCAGCCACGGGGCAUGUGGGGUUCUGCUUCUUCCGCAUUCCUUUCAAUGCUUUCAAACUGCUGGGCCCCCUUUCCCAUAGCAAGCAAUGCCUGGUAGGUUUGUCAUAUAAAAGGAGUGCCUGCAGGCUCUCUGGGAUGAUCGCUUCACACAACACCCUCCUGCCCACCGCGUGGCUCUGAUGAGGCUCUGAGCAGGGAUGAGUCUUUUAAACUAAAUGCAAACAGCCCAGCGUCGCUGGGUUUCCCCCUUACCCCUCACCACGUGGCUCUGAUCAAGCUUUCACUCACCAGAAGUAACUUCUCCAGGGUCAUGGUCCGGGAGCCUGCCUUGGGAGUGGGGGGAGGCUAUUGGCUCCAGUGUUAAGAAUAGUUCCUGGCUGGGGGGAAAAUGGAUUCCCCACUUGCCGCCUGUGUGCUGUCAUCAUCCUCCCUCCGUGCAACUCCCCCCUUGCAAGCAUCCACGGACAGUGGUGAGAUAGUGGUGGCGUCACCCCCCAUAACUGCAUGCAGCUCACGGGAGAAAUGGCAUGUGUGGGGCUGUGACCCAGAGCACCCGUUCGCAUCCCUGGCUUUUUGGUACACUUGCCUGAACUCUUUGAUUUUUGUUUGACACUGCUCUGUGGCCCUGGAGUAGCCUCUUUCCGUCAUGGCCCUGGAGACUUUAGUGUAUGUAUUUGCAUUUCUUUUUUUGGAACAUAGUUCUGCCAUAACAGAUUCAUCUCCCCAACAUGUAAUGAGAUCCAGUACCUCCUGUUCGGAAGAUGCUGGAGCUCAUCUGUGAAUCCGGGACUGUGUGGUCUCCUGAGAUGGUGGACUCUGCAUGGUCGCCUGUGAUGGUGGACCAUGCUGAUGGUCACCUGUGCUGAUGGUGACCAAACAGGAAAUUCAAAAGUUCCCGGGGCUUUUACUGCCUACCUGGCUAGUGCAUCGGAGUUCAGAGUGUUGUGCAGAACGAUCACAAGGGAGCAUUCUGGGAUAGCUCCUGGAGGCCAAUAACAUCGAAUUGUGUCCACAGUACCUGUAACCCGGAACUGCGAUCUCUAUUUUAACGCUACUCCACUUGCCAAGGUGGAGUACAGAAAUCGGAGUACAGAGCCCUUUAAAUCAAAAAACUGGUUUUGGUGUGGACGGAAUCAGUUUUAUUUUGAAGUAACUUGGCUAAUUCCGAAAUAAUCAUGUACUCUAGACCAGGCCUAACAUAUGUGACAAGAAUUUGUGAUCUUUGAAUAUGUUGUUGUUACCAGUGAAAAUGAAAUUAUAGGUGAAGUUAUUGGUUAAAGAGCAAGAGACUAAUUGUGUGAGAAUCUGAAUUAUUUUGGAAAACUGAAACUUGUGUUGUUUUUUGUUUUGUUAGUCAUACAGGAAAUGAUGGCUAGCCUUGAAAAUUCAUUUGAUUUAAUUUACCCCCUGUAGUGUAAGGAGUUCUGGUAGAAAACCUCCAGAGGUUGGUGUUGGAGAAUGUGUGUGAGAAAGAGUGUACAAGAGAAUAUUGGCCCAGUGUAGAUUUUAAUAUUUUGUAUUUCACAUAGUACGAAUUUUGCUUAGCUUCAAAGUCAAUUUCUAUUAAAAGGAAAACUAUUUGUGGAGACAAGUUGUAUAACUUUUUACACACUUAGACUGUACGGGUCACUGUGUUCCCCAUUUCUCUAAUUUGCAAAGGAAAGGCAUGACGUCUGUCGUAGGAUAUGUCCUGCAGCUGGGAAAGCUGCAAUCGUCAACCAUCAGUAUCAAGGAAAGGCUGAAGUCCAUUGCCUUUCAUAUGAAAAAGACAUCCAAAGGCUGGUCUAUGCUGCAAAGCUACGUUGACAUAGCCACAUCGCUCAAGGGUGUAAAAAAUCCACUCCAGUGAGAGAAGGAAUUAAUGUGACCUGAACCCCAGUGUAGACAGUGUUAGGUUGUCAGAAGACUACUUCCAGUGUUUGAAGUGUAGACAUAGCCUUAGACAGACUGAUCCCCUAUGGGAAACAAGUCAUAACAUGAAUUCCAAUUUUGACCCAUCUUCCUGUAUGUGAGAAAGCUACUAGUAUGGAGGGCUGAGCUAGCUGUCCAAUCGUCUUGUUCCUCAACUGUAGCUACAGCUCUUCGUACCCAUCGAUAAAAAGACUGAGAGAAAUGGAGAGUUCCAACCCUUGUCAUUUUAGUAUCUUAUUGUUCCUUUCCCUCUUUUUUGUGCUGGCUUUUCUUUUAUAUCAGGGAGUGACUGUAUAGCUAAAUGCAUGUGUGACAAAAGCUCAUUGGUGCUAAUUGGCAAAGAGGUCACUGUUAUUCACAAGCAACUUCUGUCUCAGACCUUUCAAACUCACCACACCAAAUACAUUGAUUUUAUUAUUUUUAUCCAGGAAGCAUUGCGGUGAGCUCUCUACUGAAAGCUUGUAAAUUAUUGUUACCCCUAAUCACUGCAGGAGGUGUGUAUGAGUCAUACUGAAGGAGCAAUAUAAGUACAUGGAAAAUUAUGCCCUUAUGGUAUUGUCAUGAAAGUGAGUCACCCCAGUCAUAGGUCUUGGUGGGGACGGCCCAUUCAAGUGGGAGGGAAUUGUCAGCUGUCACUUGAUAACCACUUAUGCAAUGUAUUGCUCCUUUGUCAACCUUUGCACCAACCCAAAAAAACUAAAGGAAAACUAUCAAAGACAAACUCUAGACAUCAAAACCCUGUGGAAAUGAAAAGGACAAUAUGUCUAUAAAGAGAUCGUCCUUUCUGUGAAUAAAGACAAAAGAUUGAGUCAGUUUAUAACGGGGGGAGAAAAACACUCAGGGUCCAUUCACCAAGGAGAUCCCUAGCAACCAGUGUUGCAUCAUCAAAGGGAGGGCCCUGGCUCCUAGGGACUAGCAAUCACUGCAAUAGACUGAAGAGCGAGGUGAAAAUCCACUUAGCUAGGAAAGGUAACUAUUAAAAAGUGUAGGUUGCAUUUUGUGAUUUUGUUUUGUUGGUAACGGUUGGUUUCCAUCACUCACAUUUGUUUCUGUUUGAAUCUCUAUCCCUUGUUGAAUAAAUUUCUGCUUGUUUGAUAACUGUA